AUGAUUAAUAGACUUAUAGGGAAUUUCUGUAAAAGGAGUAUCAAAAUCUAUACAAAAACAGGCGACAAAGGAAGAAGCAGCCUCUAUACAGGUGAAAGAAGAAGCAAAGAUAAUCAAAUUUUUCAUGCCCUUGGGAAUACUGAUGAGCUAAAUGCACAUAUUGGAAUGGUAAAAAUCAUAUAGGCUGCUACUGCAUGCAAUAAUCAAUCUGAUAUAUUGGCGAUGCUCACAUCAAUCCAAAGCCGCUUGCUAGAUUUAGGUGGAUGCAUUGCUACCCCAAAAACAUCUGAAAAUCAAGAAAAAGUCAAUAAAAUGCAAUUUAACCCAAAUCAUACCCAACAAUUGGAACAGUGAAUUGAUGGGUUGCAAGAAAAUUUGCCACAGCUAAAGUGCUUUAUUUUGCCAUCAGGAGGAGAAGCAAGCUCUAGGCUUCAUGUUGCAAGGGCUGUUUGCAGAAGAGCGGAACGUAGCUUAGUUCCCCUACUGGAAUCUGGAGAACUUGAUGAAAAUGCGUAUAUGUUUAUGAACAGAUUAAGUGAUUUUUUAUUUGUCUUAGCUAGAACUGCAGCACAUAGAGAAGGAAUUGAAGAGAUUAAGUAUAAAAAAGAGCCUUAA